AUCCACCCAAUGCCCCGGAAAUGAGGCACGGUCAUUCUAAUCAUUCUAGGGCUUCUCUUUCAUUUUCCUUUUAAACAAACGUCAACCAUUUCUCUCUUUUCCAAUUUCUACAUUCAAAUCUUCUCUCUUUCUCUUUCUGCGUCAAACUCCCCCUCUCAUGGCCGAAAAGAUUCACGCAAUCCUGGUACCUCAUCCAUUCCAAGGCCAUGUAAAUCCUGCAGUUCACUUAGCAAUCAAGUUGGCAUCCCAAGGCUUCAUCGUUACUUUCAUCAACACACACUAUAUACAUCACCAAAUCACCUCCAAAGCACCACGCCCCAACGGCGCCCUCGUUGACGACAUUUUCGCCGGCGUUCGCAAAUCUGGCCUUGACAUUCGCUACACCACCGUCUCCGACGGGCUUCCUGUUGGGUUUGACCGAUCGCUGAACCACGACCAGUACCAGUCGUCGCUAUUGCACGUCUUCUCCUCCCAUGUAGAGGAGGUUGUGGCCAGAAUGGUCGCCGGCGGAGAGAAAGUUAAUACCUUGAUUGCUGAUACUUUCUUCGUUGGGCAUUCCAAGAUUGCAAGGAAGUUCCGUUUGGUUUGCAUAUCGUUUUGGACGGAGGCUGCUCUGGUUUUUUCACUUUACUAUCACAUGGAUCUCCUCAGACUCCAUGGACAUUUUGGCUGUCAAGAUUGCCGGGAGGACCCAAUAGACUACAUACCAGGAGUGAAAGCUAUAGAUCCGAAAGACACGAUGUCGUAUCUUCAAGAAACGGACACGUCAUCAGUGGUUCAUCAAAUUAUUUUCAAAAUAUUCGAGGACGUUAAGCUUGCGGAUUCCGUUCUCUGCAACACAAUUCAAGAAUUCGAAUCCGACACCAUUACAGCUCUAAACACCAAAAUCCCUUUCUACUCAAUCGGGCCCAUAAUCCCGCUACGGUUCAACAAUGGCACGGUGGCUACCAGUCUCUGGUCCGAGUCGGACUGCACCCAGUGGCUCAACACAAAACCCAACGGCUCCGUGCUGUACGUGUCAUUUGGUAGCUACGCCCAUGUCUCAAAAACUGACCUACACGAGAUAGCCCACGGGCUAUCUAUGAGCAAAGUGAGUUUUGUUUGGGUGGUACGCCCUGACAUAGUGAGCUCUGAUGAUGCGGACCCAUUACCGUCGGGAUUCAAGGAGGAGAUCGGUGAGCGUGGGAUGAUUAUACCUUGGUGUUGUCAAAUGAUGGUGUUGAGCCACCCAGCAAUUGGAGGGUUUCUCACCCAUUGUGGUUGGAAUUCUAUUUUGGAAAGUAUAUGGUGUAAGGUGCCUUUACUCUGUUUUCCAUUGUUGACUGAUCAGGUGACGAAUAGGAAACUUGUGGUGGAUGAUUGGAAAAUUGGGAUUGAUUUGAGCAGAAGAAAGUUGGUUAGGAAGGAGGAAGUAGCUAAAAACAUAGAGCGUUUGAUGAGUGAAAAAUCAGGUCGUGAAAGUAGAGAAGCAAUCAAGAAGGUGAAGGGGACAUUGGAGAAAGCUUUGGGACCCCAAGGAUCAUCAGAUAAGAAUAUGGAGAAUUUCAUCAACAAUGUUAAACGUUUGGUUUGCAAAGAUGUCUCUCCACCUUGACAUGGUAAAGUAAAACCUUUGGCUUUAAACUCUGUAACCUGUGUCCACUUUUGUCUGAGAUGCCAGAUAGCUUUAGCUUCUAAAAUUUACAGCCAGAAAUUACAGUCAUCUUUGGAUUGGAAAUUUUUCUUUAGAGAUUAUCUCUAGGUUUGUACCUUACGGAUUGAGUGAACUUUUCAAAACAAUGAAAAAAAAAAGAAUGUGUACAUUUAUUUUUUCUCUGAAAAAAGAGGGUCUUCUUUUUUUCUUUCUAUAUUAUUUUCCUUUUCGCGUAUAUGUAAGAAGGGUUGGUAGAGGAAUCAAAUCCAGGGUAUCAAGUGCUAAAACCAGACAACGAGUUGCAUAUCUUGCAAUCUGCUUGAAAUUCACAGCCGCAAAACUUCACGUGGUUGACAAAUGUAUUAAGUUAGUUUAUUUAGUUUAGUCUUAACUGAUGUAGGUUAGUAUUCCUUAAUCUAUAUAAGGAUGUACACUUACUUUUUAACAUAUAAUGAAAAAUUCAAUUCUUUUUUCAAA